UUCAAGGGUAUGGCCACUGUACACAACAUUUAGCUAGCUAGUGAAAACGUUAAAAACAUUCAUUCACCUGCUGUUUCUCCUGCUGUAUAUGUUUUAGUUUCGACGCAGGAUGCUGAAAUGACAAGAGAGGCACAUUUUAGCCUUUGUGUUGUCCUUGGGUGAAAUUUGACCCGUUUAAAAAAAAAAUUACACUAGAAAUAUGGGUUUCUUUCAACCAAAUUGCCCAAAAAUAACAUGGAUGCACGUUGUAUUAUAUGGGACCCAUACAACAUUUAUCGCAGGCCUGCAGGAUGGCCCAGGCAGACAGCAAGGUGCUGGUUCUGGGAACGUUGGCUGGAGUGGCUGGCAUUGGUUUGGCUGUGGUGUGUUACCAGGGUUUUAGGUCGAGGCAAAGAGGCUCGUGCCCGGGGUCCUACCUCAACCGCAGUUAUGAACCGAGGACCGGCGUCAUGUUGAUGGACGGUCCAGGUCUGCCCAGGGGUCAGGCGGAGGUGCUGGAGCGUCUCGAGGCCCUGAUCCAAUGCGUGUCCGAGCUAAAGGAUGAGAUGAAGUCGUUGAAGAAUGCCCUGCCGACACUGCCGGACCAAGUCAGAGAGGAGCUGAGGGCCCGCGAUGUGGCGCGUCGAGCCAGCCCUCUCCACAGGACCACGCCGACGCGAAGGAAAAGGGCUGCAGGCGUCAUCGCUGGGGCCACAGCUGGGGGGCGGAGCUCAGAGGAAGCAGAGAGUGAGGGAGGGUAUAUGACUGCACUGACAGACUCGGAGGAAGAAGAGCUAAGUGAUGCAGAACAGAGGGAUGAAGAGAAACCGGCAGACAAGCUAAGUGUCCUCCUGGAGAGGAUCGACCGUUUGCAUCAGGGCGCUGAGUCUGACAAAAGGGGAAGUCUCGACCUCCUGUUAGACCACAGAGAUGAGUUUGGACAGAACUCAACGUUUCUUUGGCGGCUUAUCCGAGCUUACUGUGAUGUUCAUGACGUCAGCUCCACUCUGGAGGAGAAGAAGACCCAUGCAGCAACUGGGAAGAAAGUCGGUGAGGAGGCAGUGAGCCUGAAUCCCACAUGUGCUGAAAGUCAUCAGUGGUAUGCCAUCAUGUGUGGGAUUAUGGCAGAAUAUGACACAGUGCAGAACAAGAUAAAGAACGGGUACAUCUUUAAGGAUCAUCUGGAUAAAGCCAUUGAGCUGAAGCCACAAGACCCCAUGUCCUACUACCUGAUGGGCCGCUGGUGCUACGCUGUGGCUCAGUUGUCAUGGAUUGAGAGGAAAGUUGCUGCAACAUUAUUUGGAGAGCCUCCAAGUGCCACAGUUGAAGAUGCACUGAAAAACUUUCUUAAGCUUGACCAUUCCAGACAACCAUGACCACGGCCGUAGUCGGUGAUGGCAGAGAAUCAACAGAACUGCUUCCCUAAGUCACCGUGUGGCAGCAUUUUGCCUUCCCUGUGAGUAAGUUAUGGAAACAAACAAUGGAGGUAAAGCAUGGCAUGGCGCUUUCAGUUGCGCCUCAUAAAUUCUGAGAAACUGUUGCAAAGUACCCUUCUGCCAUCCAGUGGCUCUCAUUGUGGCAUUGCUGUCCCUGUUGAAAAUUUUGUUUAAUCCUGGAUUGAUUUGUGACACCCCUAGUAAUAAAUAAAAUUAUGAUAUUAGCUUGAGUGAUAUAAGGCCUUUUCACACAGCCUGUUCAAGGCGGGAUGCAUCAUUCUGCCUCGCCGUACUGUAUAAAAGUUACGGACACAGAAUGGGGAAACGGAGUAGGCCAGCAGCGGAGGUAGUAAGAGAGCCAAUGUCUUUCUCUCCUCCGGUUUAAAAAGGAAUGGCCGGCAUGGCGGGACCACACACACACACACACACACACACACACACACACUCACACUAGACGCAGACGCUAGUGUGUUACACGUCACGCUUCUUUUCUUUUCGCAAUGCCGGCAUGCUAACUAAAAUCACACACUGGGGCGGCAUUAAGGUGCGGUUGUUUGGUUUAGUGUAGUCUCGCUUUACCAGACCUUCCUCCACACGCUGCGGGCCGGAGGAGGGUCUGGCUAGUC